AAAACAAAGCACACACUUCACAACAUUACGCAGAAGGACAACAACGUGAAAAACGCGAGCUUCCAAAGCAGUGCAUAUUUAGAAGGUUUUCCAGUAUAAUUUGUGCAUCAUUUGAAGAAAGUGUCAGCAAAUAAGCUGCCCUUCCCUGGUGACAGUGAACAUUUGCAGUGAAAGUUGUAUUUUUAGCGCAUUUUGUACGCGUGUUUACAGUUUUUGGCGUAAGCGAGAGAAAAACAAAAGAAACUAUCAAUUUUGCCGUACAGUUCAAAUUGAUCAACAAUGGACUACGAGGAGUUGGCAACGAUGGCGGAGGAGCAAAACCAAUCGGAGCGUAAGGAAAGCGGAAAACGAGGUCGCAAACCAGGUCGUAAAGUAUCUACUGAGAAGAUCGACAUGAAAGCAAAACUCGCAGAACGCAGCCGACAAAGUGCCCGUGAGUGUCGUGCUCGUAAGAAGCUUCGCUACCAAUACCUGGAGGAGCUGGUGACCGAUCGCGAGAAGGCUGUGGUUGAGUUGCGCCAGGAGCUGGAGAAACUGUACAACUGGGCAAUGGAAGUUGAAGCUGGCCGUUGCCCGGACGGUUUGCAGGAACUGCUCGAGGAGAUGGGUGCCAUGAAGCAGGAGUAAAAGCCCCACCAGGGUAGAUCAGUAUGCUUUCGUAAGGGUUGUGUUUAAGUUGAAAAACAAAACAAAAGAUUCAAUGCUUCCGUUGAGUAGGUUUAGUUUUUGCGGGAGAACGGGGCCCUUGAGUUAGUGUGCGCUGUCCUGUAUCGGUGUGGAAAUUUGGACCGUUUUGGUACGAGUGUGGACAGCUUACACAUCAUUGGCCUUAUAUCCUUUGCAUUUGGUUGCACAUAGUACGUACACAGCUUGCUUUCCUUCCUAAUUUUCUACGUUACGUUUUAAUAUUUCUGUUCAAUGAGCAUUUUGCCAAAAAAGAAACGAGCUCCAGUGUGAGGAAGAGCGGUGAUUAAGAAAAGCUACAUAAAAAAUGAAAAAAAUGAAAGUAAAGUAAAAAAAAAACGAAGGAAGUAACCC